AUGGCAACCAAUUUCAAUGUUAAUAAGAAUGCAGUAAAUAUUGUAGAUAGACCACUCUCAAAGGGUAAAACAGAGAUCAAUCUAAGUUCGUUUGCCUUUCUAUUCUCAGAGCUAAUUCAAUACUCACAAGAUAGAAUUAAAGCUGGUCAUGAAUUAGAGAAAAAAUUAUCAGAUAUAGGAUUUUUGGUUGGAACAAGAGUAUUGGAAUUGCUAGUGGUACGUGAGAAGAAUGCAAAGAGAGAGACUAAACUGCUGGGAAUACUAUCAUUCAUACAUUCAACCGUAUGGAAAGCACUGUUUGGAAAGCAAGCUGAUUCACUUGAGAAGAGUACCGAAGCUGAUGAUGAAUAUAUGAUAUCCGAUGCAAAUAUGAUUGUAAAUAAGUUUAUUUCAUUACCAAAGAAUCUAAGUAGUUUAAAUUGUGCUGCUUUCGUAGCAGGUAUAAUAGAGGGUAUCUUAUGUAGUGCUGAAUUCGUAAGUAAUUUAAAAUUGCAAAUCAAAAACAUUGAUAAACAUUGGUUAACUAAUCCAGCAAGAGUAACAGCUCACAAUGUAGCUGUAGAAGGAAAGAAAUUCCCUAAAACUGUAAUAUUAAUUAAAUUCAAUCCUGAAGUCAUUCCAAGAACUUAA